AUGUCCGCGUGGACCAUUCUGUGGUUAUUGGCUCCACUGUGCUCAGGACGUCCCACCGCCACUGACAGACUGAUCAGAGACACCCGUCUCUUGGCCCGGACCGUCAUCAGCCGCAUUCAGGAGGCCAACAAUCAGUUCAAGCCAGCACCAAGCCUCAUUUUCAGUGGAUUAGACCUGAUUCCAGAGCCACUCAAAGGGAAUAACCUAGAGAACCUCGGGACUGUGGAUGAGGCACUGGGCUGCUUCAUUGAGAGUCUGGACACACUCCAGAUGGAUAACACACUGCAGAUCCAAACUGACGUGAAGAACCUCAAAGUCCUGGUCAGGUCUUUGGCCACUUCAUACGGCUGCUCCGUCUCUAGAUGUGAGAAGGCACAUCGCCUGAAGAGGUUUCUCCAGAAGAAUUCUGCUUUUGUUUUUACCAUUAGACAUGUGAUUCUGGACAGGCUCCAAAAAUACCUGAUUAGGCUUCUCAGGACUUUGGAUAACCCCAAGAGCUGCAGGGCUUCUUAA